AUGACCCUCAGCAGCAGUGAGCUGGGACGAGCAGGUGUCGGGGCUCUGGGCACAGUCCUGGAGGAACCUGAUGCCAAGCUGUGGGCCCACCAGGCAGAGAGCGCGUUCCAGAACCUGGGCUGCCAGCCAACCCGCCCGCCGGAGGCCCCACCCCCGAAACCCAAGCCCAGGCGUCAGCCCAGCAGCCCCGAUUCACAGCCGCCUCCCCUAGGGCCCCACCGUGAAGCUAGUGCACAGAUGUCCCAGCACAGCCUCCAGACGCUGAGAAGUACUGGCUGUCACCACUGUCUGCUGGGCAGCCAGGAAAGAGGCGCAGAGAUGCUGUGGUGCCUGCUGACCACUGGUCUCUCCCUGGAGGCAAAGAUCUCCCUCCUGAAAAGUACUGACAUGCUGCAGCAGAAACCUCUGCAAGGUGUGAAUGAGGUCUCUGAGAGCUGA